AUGGCUCCCUCAGCUCUCGCAGAUAUCUACCCAAUCCCAGCAAGGCACUACCCAAAGGCGUCUACCGUUGUAGCGUCCGUCUUGCAUGGGCCAAGGGAUUUGCGGCUCGAAACUCGAACAAUCGCAGAGCCCGCCGCCAAUGAACUCCAGAUCGCUAUCAAGGCCACGGGACUUUGCGGGAGCGACUGCUCGUACUACAGCAAGUUCCGCAACGGCGAUCUCCAGGCUUGCGAGCCUCUGUCCCUAGGCCACGAGUCUGCCGGGGUUGUAGUGGCCAUCGGCAACAAUGUCACUGGCUACCAGAUUGGCGACCGCGUUGCCCUCGAGGUGGGCGUGCCAUGCGACAACUGCCGGUCGUGCCAGAGAGGCCGCUACAACCUGUGCCCCAAGAUGAGGUUCCGGAGUAGCGCCAAAUCGGUCCCUCACUUCCAGGGGACCCUUCAGGAGCGCAUCAACCAUCCCGCCAAAUGGUGCCACAAACUUCCUUCUCACGUGUCCAUGGAGUCGGCUGCGCUCCUGGAGCCUCUUUCGGUAGCCAUCCACGCUACCCGACGAGCCCAGAUUGAGCAGGGGGACACUGCCAUUGUCUUUGGUGCGGGCACGGUUGGUCUGCUGACUGCCGCAAUGGCCAAAGUGUCUGGUGCUACGACAGUCGUCAUUGCGGACAUGGAUUAUGGACGCAUAAAUUAUGCUCUCGCGAACGGCUUCGCACACAAGGGUUACCUUGUGACACCACAGACACAGGAGACUGAAGCAACGGGCCAGUUCGCUGCCGCGAAGGAGCUGGCUGCAGAUGUCAUACAGAUGGCUUCGCUGGGCGAGAUUGAUUUCGAGGGCGCAGAUGUAACCUUUGACUGCACUGGAAAGGAGGUGUGCAUGCAAGCUGGACUUUAUGCAACGAGACCUGGUGGUAAGCUCAUCAUGGUUGGCAUGGGCACGCCAAUUCAGACGCUUCCCAUGUCGGCAUCACAUCUGAAGGAGGUCGAUAUCAUUGGCAUCUUCCGCUACGCCAACACCUACCCGACGGGUAUCAAGAUCCUUUCUGCAGGCGUGCUCCCAAGCCUCGACAACAUGAUCACACACCGAUACCACGGCCUGGCCUCAACCAAAGAAGCUUUUGAGCUCGCGGGAAAAACAAAGGACAAGGACGGCAACUUGGUCGUCAAGGUCCUUGUCGAGAUGUAGAUUCAGCCGGGCUGUAAUUUUGUGCAUUCGCUUUGGCCGGCUGUUACGAAUAAUAGAGGUUACGUAGAAACGACCAGGAUGGCUAGCGGUCGUGGCUGGGCGUUCAUGGUGUGGAUUUUGGGUUCUAGUUCAAGACUGAGAUACCAUUCGCUUUUUGGGAAAGAUUAGGGUAGAUUGCUAUGGGGGCAUCGGAUGGGACAUGUGUCGAUAGGAGUCUGUGUCGAUUAGAAAAUGUAAUGAUAUAAUGCC